AUGGCUCCACCACCUUCUCAAAAGCCAGGAGGGGGCGGCAGCGGCGGUGGUGCGCGCUCUCACAAGCGCGCCAAGGUCCACGAUGCCCGCACCAUACGCGCUCAGCCCGCCGACGCCGCCUUGCGCGACGGUGAGCUCGACCUGCAGGCAUUCUUGUCCGCUCGCGAGUUUGAGAUUCGCGCUCUGACCUCCGGCAUGAGCGCCUCCAAGCACAUCAACAACCGCCGCGCCUUCCAGCUUGUGCCCCGUGCCAUGCGGAGGCGCACCGCCUCACACAACGCCAAGAAGCUUCCUAAGCGGCUGAGGGCCAGGGCACGUCGGGAGCAGGUAGAGGACAACACACCUACCGUCGAGACUAGGCGGAGGAAGCCUAAGACUUCGAGGGGUAGAAUCAGGGCCGAGGUCGCUAGGAGGCUCGGGGUCCUGGCGGAGAAGAAGAGGCAGAGGAAGUUGAGGGAGGCGAGGAAAAGGGCUGGGGAGGAUGGCGAGGGAGAAGAUAGUGGGAAGGGGAUGGAAGUGGAAGUGGAAGUGGAGGAGUCAGCUGCGAUCAGGCAGCUGAUCGAGACAAGACCUGCAAGGCCUAAGGUCCGGAGAAACUUGCUGAACGAACCCCCAAGGCCCAAGGCAAGGUUCAGGAAACGCCAGAUUGACAAGACCUGGCUGCCAACACACCUGUGGCAUGCGAAGAGGGCAAAGAUGACCCCGCCAAAAGACCCAUUGUGGAGGUUUGCCAUACCACUGACGCCGAACGAAAAGGUCUACAGGCCAACGCACCGUGCAUCGACCGCCAGGGGAGCUAUGGUAUGGGACAUGAGCUAUAUGAGCACGAUCGGCCUCUAUGGUCAUGAGGCUGGCAUCCAGAGGAUCCUGGGCGCCUUGGGUAUGUCUCAUGGCAGUUUAUGGGAUGACCGAGGCAAAAAGUGGAGGGAUGGCCGCCGCAAGUGGUCUGGCAUGUUGAGCAAAGAGAAGGGAGAUAUCAGACGACCAGUGGGUCCAGCCACAGUCAUAUGGGACCCUGAGCCAGUCACAGUCCAGAAUGCAGAGGACUCGUCUCAACCAGCCAAAAAGUUGGAGAGACAAGUGUUCAUAAGACUGCAUCCUUCGUGCUUCCUUGAAGUCUUCAACAUCCUCACCAAACUCAUCAAGAGAGAGACCCCGAGGCUUUAUGUCGAGGACUUGCGCUUCGAAGUUGGCAGCAUUGAGCUCACGGGCCCCGGGGCGACUGAAGCGCUGCUGGGUGUCAUUCACCCAUACCAUGAGGGACCAGAGAAAAGGGAAGAUCAUGCUAGGCUGUUUGGAUCACUCCUCGCCACUGCCAAUGAUGCUGCUCUUCCCUCCGACGUUGUUUUGGGAUUCUCUGCUCAAGAUCCACGUCUGAGACACCCUCCACGAACAGUCCAAGCGCGAACAGCGGAUACGACCCAGCCAGACGACUCGGACAGGACAUCUUCUGCUGGAUCUCCCUCACCAUACCUGCUGUUUGACCGCAACGCACGAUUCAGAGCGUCCUGCUUUCCCUCACAGAAGGCUCUCAACCGACGCAGGGGCACAAAUCCACCAGGCCACCCUCUCCAAGUCAGCAAGGCUGACCCUCCCUUUCCCGUUAUCCUGUUGUCCUCGCGCCUGAAAACAUCUACGCAGAGCACCUGGACGCUGCUCGCACCGUGGAAAUGUAUUCUGCCUCUGUGGCACAGCCUGGUGCACUACCCUCUCUCGACUGGCGGCAACCCUCGCGUCGGUGGCCUGGAUGAGCUGCGCCAGGUGACCUUUGAGCAAGGCUUGCCCUGGUUCCCAGGGGACUUUCCAGGAACGGAAGCUGGUGCUGCUUGGGAGCUUGAACAGCGUCAGAAGAGGAAUGCUGACUGGGAGCGAAGGCCAAAAUCGAAGCGCGUCGCGUGGGAAUCCCUUGACUUGGGCGCAGGCCGGAAAGGAGAGAUUGGUAUUGGCUGGGCUUGUGAGUUUGAAAGUCUGUUUGGGCUUCGACAGGAGCCCGAAUCGGACCAAGGACAUACCGCAACAGAGAACACGGAUAAGAGCCACGAAAAGGAGGCUGACGAUGCCGGAAAAGCCGAACCUGUCAAGACACACGAAAUACUACCUCAUCCACUGACGCUCGUCCACCACCUCUCCAAGACCACCUUCAACACACUUUUGUCCACAAAAUCUCCAGAAACCCAACCACCAAAGUACUCCAUCGCCUCCGUCAAGAUCACCUUCCCCGGCCGCGGCGUCGUGAACCCCUGUGCCCGCAUCUACCGGCUCCCCUCACGCAAAGCGGCAGUCCAGCAGCCCCAGUCCACAACCCAGCCUGAGAUCCCAGCGACACACCCGCUACCACAGACCAAAGAGCUCCCCACAGGCCUACGCAACCAGUGGCUGGCCAAACUACCCGGCUCCAACACCAAGAGACCGGCAGCCCCUGGCAACAACAACAAGGAGAAGAAAACUGCCAACCAGCCGACCCGGUUCCCAACGGACGCGGACCACCACACACAGAAGCUCCUGCUCGUCCAGUCCCUCGUGGCCAACAAGGUCCCCUUCCCGCCGCCUGCAAUGCACAUGGCCUCCUGUGACAACAACGAUCCUCACCACCCUCUCAUUCCCGGCGAGGAGGACCUCAUCGGGUACGUCACCAAGGGGGAGUUCAGCCUGUCUGAGGGAAAGGGCGUCGCCAUCGGUGCCGUUUCAGUGGAGAAGGCGCUCGAGUCGCUGCUGAUGGCGGGUGGCAGUCGGGAAGAAGGGCGUGUCUGUGUGGUGAGGAAUGCUGGAGAGGUGACGGGAUGGGUGGGUAGAUGGGAGGCCGUCUGAGCUGGCUGACUUCCGGCCACGGAAUGAUCGCCAUGUGCGAGAUCAAUGUCGCAGUCAAACAAUAUCCAGUGUCUCACAACAGGUAAACUGUAUUUCUCUCUCACAAGGAUAGAUGUGUAUCAUGCCUCUUGCCCUCAAGAAAUUUUCAAGGUAUCAAGGUGUUCAAUGGAACAUCAUAUUC